GUUGCGUUGAGGGUGGAAACAUGGCGCUGAGCAUAAGCCGAGGCUGCAGGAAGGAGUCGGUUCACACUUCUUCUCUGUCAGCGCAGACUGAUUUCAGCUACAGCAGUUGCAGCAGGAGCAGGUUGCAGGUUGGAGUGUGUAGUGGCGAAGCAGUAAAGCUGUGAUUCUCUCUGUUUCCUCAUGAGGUUGGUCCAGAGGGUACUGCUGGCUGCAUGGCACCAGAAUAGCCGUCGAGGUCACCACACUCCAGGGACGUCUCUGAAGUAUAUACCGCGCCGCGCCGUGCUCUACGUACCAGGAAAUGAUGAACGCAAGCUUAGAAAGCUCACCUCGCUGGAUGUGGACUGCGCUGUUCUGGACUGCGAGGAUGGCGUGGCCUUGAAUAAAAAGGCAGCAGCACGGGAAACGAUCCCGAAGAUGCUAGCAGAGCUGCAGCUGGGACGCACAGAGAAGUGUGUGCGGGUGAACUCUGUGUCCAGCGGUCUGGCCGAGGCUGACCUGGAGGUCAUUCUUCAGGCGGAGGUCCUUCCUCCAGCCCUCAUGCUGCCAAAGGUGGAGGACGUUGGUGAAGUGCAGUGGUUUGUUGACAGGUUUCAGCAGCACUUGAAAGGCCGAAAGCUGAUGGAGCCCAUUCGCUUAGUCACCUUUGUGGAAUCUGCUGUGGGGCUGCUGAAUUUUAAGGCUGUGUGUGAAGAGAUCCGGCAGCUCGGACCAAAAGUUGGUCUGCAUCACGACGGAGUGGUGUUCGGCUCUGAUGACUUCUGUGCCAGCAUAGGUGCCACCAGGACCAAAGAUGCCAGAGAGCUGCUGUACGCUCGGCAGAAAGUGGUGGUCACUACUAAAGCCUUUGGCCUGCAGGCCAUUGACCUUGUUUACAUUGACUACAAGGAUGGGGAAGGGCUUCUGCAACAGGCCAGAGAGGGCGCACAUAUGGGCUUUACUGGAAAACAAGUGAUCCACCCCAACCAAAUCCAGACAGUUCAGGAGGAGUUCUCCCCCAGUCCUGAGAGAGUCAAAUGGGCCACUGAGCUGAUCGCUGCGUUUGAAGAGCACCAGAAACUGGGGAAGGGUGCGUUCACCUUCCAUGGCAGUAUGAUUGACAUGCCGUCAUUGAAGCAGGCCCAGAACAUCGUCACCUUGGCCUCGGCCGUCCAGGGGAAAUGAGCCAAACCGGGGCUGAACGGGGCAGCCGUAUCUGUCACCGUGCAGGGCGUCGGAUGAUAAACUGUGAACUUCAGACAGACGCGUCCUCUCAGACCAUUAGCUAUAGCUCAUCUAGAACUGAAAAAAAAAAAAAGUUGGAUGGUCUGAUGUGGCUGUCUGUAUUCUCACACAAAAGAUCAAUGUCAUUGUGCAUCUUUAAUUUAUGCCUGUUUUAUUAGUGGUGUAAGAAUUCAGAAAAAAUCUACAUUUGAUUUAAUAUAAUACAGUGGUGCCUUGAUUUACAGAAAACAGCAAUUCUGUAAAUUUGCAUUAUGCAUCAUUUUUGCAAAAUUCUUUUUAUUUAUCAGAGAAUUUAUUAUUAUAGACAUGCAAUCUUUAAGGUGGAAAGGUACCUGAAGGCACCAGAUAAGUAUAUAUAUCGUUGCUGUCCAAUAAAAAACAAGUAUCUCCAAAGUAUCUCCAUAACAGCCACUUUACAGGAGAGACAUAAACCUUCCUAUGAUUCAAAGGAAGUCAAUGUAAAAAUAGUUUAUUUCAUGUAAUUUUAAAGUACUUCUAUUGGUCUGUUCAUUAAGAAGUUUUGUCACAGUGUAGGGGGACGGUUUGUGAGUUAUAAACAAAUUAUGUUAUAAACUAAAAUUUAACAUAAAUGGAGAUACAUGUUUUUCAUUGGAGAGUCACUUUUUUUCUGUCUGUUUGUGUGGACAUUUCUAGCAGAUGGGCAGCUGGUGGUCAUGAUCAUUACCACCCACUGUGCUGUCCACUGUGGGUGGUAAUGUAUUCUGUGUAAUAUAUAUCCGGUACAUGUGUGACACAAAAUAAAUGUGGAAUGAGGAAUGCUAUAUGCCCACACAAUUUUGGAAAUGGAAUGUCCCAUCCAUCUGACACCUACUACCAGACCUCGCUCGAAUACUAAUAAUUCAUUUCUAAUAAUUCAUUUCUCCUUGCCAUGAGCACACUGGCCAUUGUUCAGUCUCACUUACAAGAUUUAAAAAACUUACUUUGGCACAUACAGCUCUGAAGAAAAAAAAGAGAUCACUUCAAAAUGAUGAGUUUCUUUGAUUUUACCAUAUUAAAACCUCUGGAAUAUAAUCAAGAGGAUGAUGGAUGAUCACAAGCCAUCAAACCACCAAACUGAACUGCUUGGAAUUUUUGCAGCAGGAGUAAAGCAGCAUAAAGUUAUCCAAAAGCAGUGUGUAAGACUGGUGGAGGAGAACAUGAUGCCUAGAUGCAUGAAAACUGUGAUUAAAAACCAGGAUUAUUCCACCAAAUAUUGAUUUAUUUCUCUUAGUUUUCUUUGCAUUAUUUGAAUCCUGACAGCUCUGCAUCUUUUUUUUUGUUGUUUCAGCCUGUUAUUUGUUAAAUCAGUGAAACUGAUUCAGAAAACUGAUUUUUUCCAGAGCUGUAUAUCGCAAAAAAAAGAAACACCAUGUUUUGCCAUGUUUUUGUGCAGUUUCUCACUUUUUUCUUUUGACCAAAUUCAUGAAUUCAUGAUGAAGACACUAAUACAAAUACUCCAAAAUGUCUUGAAAUAAAAUAUUUUAAAUAUGCCGUUUUAGACGUAAGAGUUUUUUUUUUUUUUUUUUUUUU